AUGGAAAUAGAAGAUAAUUUGUCCUCUAUGAAGACAGUUGGAGAGUUAAAUGAUUCGAAUGUUUUUUGUAAACAACCACGUACAUCGCUAUUCCCCCGAGAUCAUGUAUUUGCUACCAAUGGUUACAAGAAGUACAACGUAAAGAUUAGUUCAGACAAAUAUAAAUGUGCUAUUGAAGGAAUAUGUGAGCUAUCUGGUGGCGAGGUUGUUAUUACAGACUUCAACAACAAUAAAGUGAAACUCCUGGACCAGGAGUACAGGGGUGUCGAUCACUGUGAUGUCCCCGAGUAUCCAUUUGACGUGUGCCACAUUGGCGGAAAUGAGGUUGCCGUUUGUGUUAACAAUGGUGAUGAUAGACGUGAACUUCAUUUUAUUAACAUUACAAAAGGGAAACUUGUGACUACGAGGAUGUUAAGUUUCACACAUAGAUGUUACAGCGCAGCUCAUCACGGGAACAACCUUUACAUUUCCUCAUACACCGCGCUGUACGUCCAUACGAUGACGGGGAAGCUGGUUAAGAAGCUGUACGAGGACAUGUCCGGUGGUGACACGGUGUUGAGAAUUGCCAUCAGUAACGAAGGGAAGACUAUCUACAUCACAAACUACUCAAACAAUCAACUUAUCACCCUGGACAACCUCGGCAACAAGCUGGCCACAUUCACUGAAGAGUUGCAGAUACCUUAUGGAGUACACGUGACAACUGCUGGACACGUAUUCGUCUGCUGCUAUGUCUCCAACUCAGUGCUGCAGGUUGACAAGGACGGGAAGACGAAAUUGUCCACACUGGCAAGGGAACAAGACGGAGUGUACGGACCUAAAGCUUUGUUCUUCAGCAGCCGUACUUCCUCUCUGGUUGUCGGCGGUUGGAAAAACACGCUCCUCGUCAUCAAUGUUCGAUAA